AUUUCUUCCUUCUACACUCUUCUCAAUUGUUCCCGUGGGUAAGAAAAAGGGUAGUGUAAAUAGGAGAAUAUCUCUAGGCAAAUAUAACAUGUGUCUUUUAUCUCAGUCACACCAUAGGCAUGCAUCGUAAAGUGGUCUUACGAGAAAUCCAUUUAUCACGCCACUAGAUUGGCCAUUGACGAACAAUAGCUAUUAUCUCGAGUCUGCUGGCGGCUGAGCAAUCAAUAACAAUAAUUUAGAAUCAUCGAGGAUUUUGAUAUGAUAUUCAUGAUAAUGAAUUUUCCGUUGACGGCGAAAAUUUAAACCAGUGAACUUCGAAAUUUCGCCGCAUGUUCGAAAGCCGAACGGCCGGAGCGAAUUCGACGAAUAUGGAAAAUUGGCGGAAUUUCGGCGAGUGGUAUAUGACGUCUUAUCAUUCCGCGUUUGUUUUCAUGCUUUUUUCAUCAUUUUCUCGGGAAAUUCUGUGAUUAUUUCAAGUAAACUGACGGCAAGUUACUGUAUCUGGCAUAAGAUUUCCCAGUUUAUUGGAAAUUGCAUGUGAAAUAGUGGUUUUUGUGCAGAACGCCGAAGAGGAAAAAUCUAACCUCAAAAGGAGUUUCACAAUUUUGCAUCUCAGGAAAAUUCUCUGAAUUUACACACAAAAAUGGACGAGAGUUUCACAGCAGGCGGAUUUUCGAGCACUCAAGGCGGCAGUGGCGCCAAGACUCCGGACAACAGGGAAGGAGUUGCGCCCCUGGUCAUCGAGCAGAUCCAUCAGUUGGGAGACGAUGGCAUUAAGAUCUUCGGCUUCGCUUAUGGCAUGGUCUCUCUUGUCGCCAUUGUGAGGAAUGUUGAGCAAACUUCCACGAAAGUCACCUACAAAUUGGAGGAUCACACGGGUUCCAUCGAGGCUCAUUACUGGCUGGAAGAGGACAAGCCAGAGAAGGGGGAACCGCUCGAGAUGAACCAGUACGCGCACGCAUAUGGGAUGCCGAAGACUUACAAUGGUCAGAAGGUUCUGAUGCUCUUCAAGAUAUUUCCCGUGAAGUCCGCAAAUGCAGUCACCACGCAUCUUCUGGAAGUGAUGCACGCCAGAUUCCAGGCCGAACAGUAUCAGCGACAGUUGGAGGGUGGCGGAGAAACCACCACCACCACCACGGGUGACUUCAUGGAUGUGGACUCGAGCAACGGAGCUGGCCUCGCGAACGGUUUGAAAGGAAAACACCUGGUGAUCUAUCAGGCCAUCAAGGGCCAUGGCACAGAGGAGGGCAUUAGCGUUCAGCAGAUCCAUCAGAAGUUCAAGCACAUUCCCAUUCCGGAGAUCCGCCAAAUCGCUGAAGCCAUGUCUCUCGAGGGACACAUCUACUCUAGCAUCGAUACCGAUCAUUACCUCCCGACUGAGUAAUCUUCACUCGAAACUCCUUGAAAUGUAUCGAUUUUGUCCAA